AUGGAAGGAAAGUUAAAAAUUUUUUUGAAAAAAAAUAAAGGAAGUACUACUAAUAUCCUGGAGACUGAUCAAAGUAAUUGCAGCAGUAGUGAUGUUAAUGGAGCUGAGAGUAUAGAAUUAAAUAGUCAAGUGACAACUUCUGCUAGUGUAGAAAUACGAAUAAAAGAAUCACAACAAACAAGCGAUAAUCUAAUGAGAAAAGAAACUAACGAAGAAAAUGGUAUUAGAAAUAUACUUAUUAUUGGCAAAACUGGUAAUAGAAAAUCUACCUUAGCUAAUGUCUUGGUCGAUAAUAAUGAGUUCCCAGAAGGAAAGUAUAGGGUUAACGAGACAAAAGAAGUUAGAAGCAAAGAAUUUAAGAUUGAGGGAAUAAAAUAUCGAGUAGUUGACACUGUGACACGCCGCCCAUAG